AUGCUUCAGCGCUGGGUAAAAAUAGUGGACAAAGGCGGUUCGCGGGUGGAUAAAUUGAAACGGAUCGCUACUAAAACAUUGGAACUGUUUAUGCAGGCUAAAUCAUCUUAUCUGAUUUUGAAAGAUAUUGAUUUACGCCAGAUGGCUUUAGUGGCUAAUGCGGAAGUGCAACUGGAUGGAUUUAUAGCAUCAGAUAGCUGGCUAACGAAUUUCAAGAAAGCACAUCGGAUCGGUUCAAAGAAAAUAACCACAUUCGUGACUUCGAAGUAUGCUAGAGAUUCAUCUGAUAAUCUUGAAGCUUGUGAGGCAUUUUUGGAAGAAACCAGGCCGAUCUUCGAUAGUGUCUCGCAUUCAAACAUCUUCAAUUUUGACCAGUCCGGCUUCCAGCCAGAGCUGCAUUUUGGCCCAUCGUUAGACUUUAUUGGUGUGAGGAAAGUAGUGUCUCUUGUUGAAUCCGAAGUGUCGACAAGUUCUUCGUACACGAUUAUGCCUAUUCUAUCUGCCGAGGGCAUUCUGCAUCCGCUUAUGUAUAUCUGCUUGAAAGAGCGAAGUGGAAGGUUCGGUCCACAGGUUUCACAGUCCAUGUUCCCCAAAAACCUUUAUAUUGACUGUAGCAAUUCGGGGAAAAUGGAAAAAAGCCACAUGUUUACAUUUCUCAAGGAAGUGUUGUUCAAAAUGCCAAAUGUAACCAGUUUUGUGGCGAUUUGUGAUUCUUGGAAUCCUUUCAGACUCGUUUUAUGCCAUUUCCCACUAAGCGAUGAACCAUUAACGCCGACGGACAAAGAACAAGAAGCCGCUCAGCUGAUUACAGAAAUUCCGUCCCAUUCGCUGCAGAUAUUCUUCAUGAUAUUGCUUCUGGACAUCUAG